UCAACUCUUAACGAUCCAUAAAUUGUUUUAAAUUUAUAUCUUAAUACAGGUCGUUUCCUGAUGCUGAUGGGGGGAUGCAUAAGGAAGUCCUGUAAAAAAUCCAGUUCUACUUGCAAUCAAUGAUUUUCUGCACAGUGCAAGGAUGUUGUGUUUCGAGUAUAAAUAUUGGGUUUGAUUCUAGGAAGAAUCAUAGUUCUUUUGAAAUUCGAGAGGAUAACAUCAACGUAGACAAUCAUGAAGUGCAUCGCAGCUGUAGUCAUGAUGGCCCUUGCCGUUGUCGCCGAGGCCGGUUAUUCCCCACUGCUCUACAGUGCUCCGUUGGCCUAUUCAGGUCAUACGACCAUCAUCCAGGGCCACCCGGCCGGUCCGGCGAAAAUCAGUGAGCUACCAGCUUUGGCCUAUUCUGCACCGGCUCUUCCUGCUCCGGCCUACGCUUACUCCUAUCCAGGCUAUUACGCUUAUAGUGCUCCACUCGCUUCAGCUCCGGCUUUGCUGCUGCAGAAGGAAGCUCGUUAUCUGGCUGCCAAUCGUGGCGCAAUCCACGAGGCUCCACUUCCGGGACACGAGAUCUCCCAACAGCAGCUCAAUCUGGAACCAGCUGCGGGAUCCAUUUGAAGUGGCAGCCUGUCGGAGACCAGUGAUUGAAUUCGGAAUGUAAUGUGAUGCAAAAGUCAGAAUAAAGUAUUGGGUUGGAACAAUGAA